CAGCCGCCAUUUUGAUCGACCGCACGCAGCGGCGCGGUGACGUCAUCGGACGGCGCGGUGACGUCAUCGGACGGCGCCCCUCGUCGCUACGGACGCGAUGGCGGCGCUGCCGGGUCCGCGGGAGGAGAGCGCGGAGAGGCGGCGGCUGCUGCGCGCGGUGACCCGGCUGCAGGCCGGGGUCCGAGGCUUCCUGCUGCGGCGGCGGCUGCGGGCCGUGCGAGCGGAGUACGAGGAGGUGGUGAAGGAGAUCGAGGGGGAGCUGAGCGAGCUGCGCUGGACGGGCCGCUGGCUGCGCACGCCCGUCUUCGUCGCCGAGAAGCCAGUGAAAGAGGAGUGCUCAGCUAUGCAAGAAGCUGUAUCGAGUGACAAGGGCAGCACAGAGAAAACACAGCAGGAACGGGAUGUUUCCAAACCAGAACAGGACUGGGGCUCCAGCAGUAGUGUGAAACCUACGGCCCAGCUGCAAAGUGAGAAAGAACUGGGUUCCAUGGGUGAAUGCAGUGUAGCAAGCCCCACAAAUCUAGGGGCCGUCACAGGUAAAAGCACUGAAAAAAGAUGCAGUGCCCCAGCAGAGAGCAAGGAGUGGCAGAACACCAGCAGUGUUUCAUCUGUAUGGGACAGCACUGACCUGGAACCAGGCUCCCUCAAAGCCUGUCUGGAAAUUCCACUUAUGGAUGUAAAGGAGCUUCCCCGAACUCAGCCUGGCCUGCAGUCCUUCAGAAAUCACUUGAUCAUGGAGCUGCUGUGGUUGCAACAAGCUAUUGACAGCCGUAAAAAUUACCUGAAGCUGAAACAGAGGCUGGAGUCUUCUAACAGCUAAGAAGGCAUUCCUGAGCAUGUGGGAUGUUUUGUACUGCUGUGGAGGAGCAGAGGAACUGCAGCACCAAAGUCACAACAUGAUUUCACAGACAGCAGCACCCCGAUGGAACUCCAGCUCUGUGAGCUGUUGUUCUAAUCAGAUUCAUGUGGCAAAAGACUUCUGUUUCUUUUAAAUGUGAAUAUUUGGUCAAAGCAGGAAUUAAGUGACACUGUGACACUAAGGAGGUUGUGUGUCUUGGAGGGAGUCUUCCCUCCACAAGAACCCAUCCUAAGGGUAAAUUGAGGCUGGGAAAAUUGUCACAAAAGUUCCACUUUGACCAGCUUGUUGCUUGUGGUGCAAUUAAAAUGCCAGAAGGCUACAGGUGCUUUGAAUCUGUAGGAUUAAAUUCUUCUCCACUCAGUUGUGGGUGAUGUGCACCAGUACGUGAACUGUAUUUUUCUGUACGUCACCACUCUGCAAUGUCUGGGGUCUCCAAGUGCCUGUUUUCACCCAGAGCAACCUGUUCAGUGCAAGAGGCAGUGUAUCUGCCAUGGUGUGGAUGUUUGUCCACCAUGUGCAGAAUGGAAACCUGCUGCACAUAUCAUGCAGGUAGCAAGUGAGGGCAAGGGAAUGACAGCUUCAGGGUAUUGGUACUCUGGAUGACAUGCAAACUGCUGCCAAAGAUACUGGCACCUCUGAACUGCUUCAUUUGAACCUGUUGGCCAUGGUAGUUAGCAUGGGGUGAGGGUGAGGUUUAAAGAGCUGUGUGGUUCCUGGUUCUCACGUGGCAGUAUUUGCAGGUUGUUUGAUGUGGCCUUAGCCUGGCCCACAGCUUCCUCCUGCUGCAGCCGUGGUGACGGACAGUUGCUCAGGGGACUGAUGAGGAGGGACAGCAAAACACAAAGGCGGCUGGUCAGAAGGGCGUAGACUCAGUGGGAGACCUGCAGGAGCUCUCCUCUGUGCUCUGUGUUGGUCUGUC